AUAAUAUCUGAUAGAUUACUGGUUUAGAAGCCUCGGUUCUCCAAUACUCCAUCUCAAUGGCCACAAUCAUCCACCUCUCUCCGAUUCAAACUCCGCCGCCGUCUCCUCGCUUAUUUUCUCCCCAAUCUUCCCAAACUACCCUUCACCUCUCUCUCAAUUUACACCCCAAACCCCUCUCCCUUCCCUCCAUUUCUCUCAACCCCUACGCUCCGGCCAGGCCUCGCGCUCUGGUCGUCACUUCGGCUGUCAAGAGCCUCUCGGAGACUGAGGUAGUCUCAGUCGAUGGUGAAGAAGUCGCCGGAAAUUUGCCUUCGGAGACCGGCGUCUACGCCGUCUUUGACCAGAACGGCGAGCUUCAGUUCGUCGGCUUAUCGAGGAACAUAGCGGCGAGUAUUCUUGUUCACCGGAAAUCGGUGCCGGAGCUAUGCCACUCCGUCAAGGUUGGGAUAGUAGACGAACCGGAUAGGACGGUUCUAACCGAAGCUUGGAAAUCAUGGAUGGAAGAACACAUAAAAGCUACUGGGAAGGUUCCCCCGGGUAAUGAAUCAGGCAAUGCCACCUGGGUGCGGAAGGCACCUAAGAAGAAGAAGCCUGAUCUGCGGCUGACACCAGGCCGUCACAUGCAGUUGACAGUUCCAUUAGAACAACUUGUGGAUCAGUUGGUAAAGGAGAACAAGGUCGUUGCCUUCAUCAAGGGUUCAAGAAGCGCCCCAUUGUGUGGUUUCUCGCAGAGGGUUGUAGGCAUUCUUGAAAGUCAAGGGGUGGAUUAUGAGAGUGUUGAUGUGCUUGACGAAGAGUAUAACUCUGGAUUGAGGGAGACUCUUAAAACCUAUAGCAAUUGGCCUACUUUCCCUCAGAUAUUUGUGAAUGGAGAACUAGUUGGGGGUUGUGAUAUUUUAACAUCCAUGCACGAAAAGGGCGAGCUUGCUAACUUGUUUAAGAAGUGAUUGUUAGCUAAGUUUUGGUCUCUAUACAGAUGGGGUGCGAGUUCGCAGCUGUACGUAUUAGCUAGCCAAAUCAUGUAUCAAGUGAUUAGUUCUAUGCAGCAUAUUGAGGCCUGUACUUCAUUAGUUGCAUCUAUCUAUGGAACAAACUCAACAAAGGUUUCAGGUUUAGUGAAAAAGAAUUAAUAUUGAUCGAGCUGAUUAUGAAGUUGUCUGCAUCUCCCAUAAGUUUUGGCCUGCUCUCAUUGCAUUCAUACUCUCUAUUUGUACUUGAUAUGUAUUUGAGACCUGCAAGUUCUCCAUUUGGUUUUGAGAAUCGACAUUGUUGUUGUAUUUCCCUUUGGUUUUCAAACGCUUCGGUUCUUUUUGGAUUCGCUCUUAUCCUGAAACC